CUGCCCGCAGGCUCUCCGCGGUGGGAAUGCGCUCCACGCCUGUGUGGGGGACAACUUUCACCGCCGCCGGACUCAGACGCCCCCAGUCCCCGUUCUCUUCAGGCCCUACGGCGGGACUUAACUGUCCCAUCAUCAGCUUCUGCGUUCCCUCCUUCUCUCUCGAUACAUUUCACUGAAAGAAGCCCUUGGAGUUGCCGAGAACUUACCCCCACCUCUCUACCUCCCAUGUGAAGGCAAGACUCGGGUGGUCUGUGUGCGGGGGGAGGGAGGGGGAAAGGAAGACGAUGGGACAUCUCUCCGGGACCCGGGGAUGUUUCGCGCUGUUGACACUGACGGUGUGGCUGCGAGGGGUCGCCGCCGGCUGUUUCGACAGGGAGAAUCCCAAAUGUUGCACGGGGAGGAAUAACGAGUGUUGGGAUUUCACGAGGAGGCGGACGGUGUGUUACUGCGAUACCUACUGUGGCAAAACAGCCGACUGCUGCGAAGAUUACGACGCGGUGUGUCAGAUUUCAGCCAUUGACUGUAUAGUGGGUCCCUGGGGCUCAUGGACUGAAUGUAGCUCGCUGUGUGGCAUCGGGAGCAGAGAAAGAGUGCGGCUCGUCACCAUCCCGCCCAGGAAUGGAGGAACACCCUGCCCCGACUUGAAGCAACGCCGGGGUUGCUAUGGGCACGACCCUGACCAAUGCCACUCGGUUAAAGAGGUGGCGAAGAUUUUGCCUGACUCCUACAAACGGAACUUCAAAGACCCAUGGAAAAGGCCUCAUAUGAUGGCAAAGGAGCAAAGACCAAGUUACUGUGCUUACUUCCGAAUGAAGGAGGUGAGUGCUUUCUGCCACCUGGGCCUCUGGACCAACCACCUGUUCAGGGAGAAAUACGUCUGCAUCGAGUGCCAAGGAGAAGCCAUGGGAAUCAGGGAUCGGUGUGAAGGCGAUGGGCUAGAAGGAACCAGGACAUUCUGGAUAGCUGCUUCCCACCCGGGCUGUCACGGAUCAUGGGUGCGCGAAUCUCUGCGGGGAAAUUGCCAGUGUUCCCCACAGUCACUGAUCUUCGUCUAGCGUGAUCUGUGAAGCGUACCGUUCCCGAGGGCCGACGGGAGUGAGGGGGCUUGCGGUCUCAGCGCCACUUCUAGACUUCGCAAGUGGCUGUGAGAGAGAGGGAUGAGAAUGGAUGGAAAGCCUAUAUAACCUUGCUGCAUGCUUUUUUUUACCACAUUAUCCUUCCAUAUAAGCACAUUCAGAGACUUAUAUCCUCACAACAGAACGAUGAAAUUCUAUAUGAACAAAGAGAACACCUAAUAAACUUUUUAACCUUUUACCUCUGAAACCCUGCUGGAAGCUACCUCCAUAGACACACCUGCAUUUAUUAAAAUAAAAGCACACUGAAAAAUAUAGUGUUUUCCUUUUAACUGUUUUCUAAUGUUUUUUUAAUUGCCUACCCAUAUGCUAUGUAACUGGGAACAGGGAAAGUGGGAUUGUCCAGGAUGAAGGAUUGAUUAUUAUUUAAAGUUACUUUGAAAUAAAUCCAUUAUUAUUUCAAUACU